AUGGAAGCCUUCCAGCCAGCUGGUAGGGUGACUCGAGCCUUUGGAGGAUAUGCAAUUGUUCUACAGGAUGUCAGACACUCUUUUGACUCCAGUGGGGAAGAUUUGGGUGAUGGAGCACCAAAAAAGCCAGCUUCCAAUUCCUAUUCCUCCAUACCCUGGUUGGACGUCACCAGGGCCAUCUCUGUGGGCCUGGUGCUGGGUGCCUUCAUCCUCUUUGCCAUCGUGGGCAACAUCCUGGUCAUCCUGUCAGUGGCCUGCAAUCGGCACCUGCGGACGCCCACCAACUACUUCAUUGUCAACCUGGCCAUUGCUGACCUGCUGUUCAGUUUCACAGUCCUGCCCUUCUCCGCUACCCUGGAAGUGCUUGGCUACUGGGUUCUGGGACGCAUCUUCUGUGACAUCUGGGCAGCGGUGGAUGUCCUGUGCUGCACGGCCUCCAUCCUGAGCCUAUGUGCUAUCUCCAUUGAUCGCUACAUUGGGGUGCGCUACUCUCUGCAGUACCCUACUCUAGUCACCCGCAGGAAGGCCAUCUUGGCACUCCUCAGUGUAUGGGUUUUGUCCACGGUCAUCUCCAUCGGGCCUCUCCUAGGCUGGAAAGAACCUGCUCCCAACGACGACAAGGAAUGUGGAGUCACAGAAGAACCCUUCUAUGCCCUCUUUUCCUCCCUGGGCUCCUUCUACAUCCCACUCGCGGUCAUUCUGGUCAUGUACUGCCGGGUCAUCAUUGUGGCCAAGAGGACCACCAAGAACCUGGAGGCUGGAGUCAUGAAGGAGAUGUCCAACUCCAAGGAGCUGACCCUGAGGAUCCACUCCAAGAACUUUCAUGAGGACACCCUCAGCAGUACCAAGGCCAAGGGCCACAACCCCAGGAGUUCCAUAGCUGUCAAACUUCAUAAGUUCUCCAGGGAAAAGAAAGCAGCCAAAACCUUGGGCAUUGUAGUCGGAAUGUUCAUCUUGUGUUGGCUCCCCUUCUUCAUCGCUCUCCCACUUGGUAAGUAG